CCGAAAAUGGCGCGAAAGCCCUGCAACUUUCCGGCUAGUUUCCGUCCAUUUUCCGUCGCUACCUUCCUCGUGUUCAUCCUCUCCCUCAAUUCUUUCCCCCAGUUCUCCGCCGGAGGCCACAACUACCGCGACGCACUCCGCAAGAGCAUCCUCUUCUUCGAAGGCCAACGCUCUGGAAGACUCCCACCGGAUCAACGCCUCCGCUGGCGCAAAGACUCCGCAAUGCACGACGGAUCCUCCGCCGGAGUGGACUUGACGGGAGGGUACUAUGAUGCCGGAGACAACAUAAAAUUCGGGUUUCCAAUGGCUUUCACCACCACAUUGUUGUCGUGGAGCAUUAUAGACUUCGGGCGGAGCAUGGGCGGCGAGCUGCCCAACGCGGUGGCGGCAGUGAGGUGGGCGACGGACUACCUGCUGAAGGCCACCGCUAGGGACGGCGUUAUAUAUGUCCAAGUGGGUGACGCAUUUUCCGACCACAAGUGCUGGGAGAGGCCAGAGGACAUGGACACUCCGAGGACGGUGUACAAGGUUGACCGGUACAAUCCGGGCUCCGACGUCGCCGGAGAGACGGCGGCUGCUCUGGCCGCCGCGUCAAUCGUGUUCCGGUCACGUGACCCUGCUUACUCUAGGCUUCUACUGGACCGUGCCGUUAAAGUUUUUGCGUUUGCUGACAAGUAUCGUGGUGCAUACAGUAAUGGUGACUUAUCUAGUGCAGUUUGUCCUUUCUACUGUGAUGUCAAUGGGUAUUAGGACGAAUUGCUGUGGGGGGCUGCAUGGCUACACAAGGCGUCAAGAAGGCGGGAAUACAGGGAAUACAUAGUGAUGAAUGAGGUGAUCUUGAGAGCCGCAGAAACCGUCAAUGAAUUUGGAUGGGAUAAUAAACACGCCGGAAUUAAUAUUCUCUUAUCCAAGGAAGUGGUGAUGGGGAAAGCAAAUGAUCUGAAAUCCUUUAAUAUCAUGGCUGACGACUUCAUCUGUUCUAUCUUGCCCGGAAUCUCUAAUCCUCAAGUUCAGUACUCUCCAGGUGGAUUGAUCUUCAAGCCAGGAAGCUGUAACAUGCAACAUGUAACAUCCUUAUCUUUCUUGCUACUGACAUACUCCAAUUAUCUAAGCCACGCCAAUCGUGCCGUGCGAUGUGGCGCCACAUCGGUUAGCCUGGCCAAACAUCAGGUGGACUACAUUCUCGGAGACAAUCCACUUGACAUGUCAUACAUGGUAGGAUACGGUGAACGUUACCCACAAAGGAUUCAUCACCGGGCUAGCUCAUUACCAUCCGUGGAUGCCCACCCGGCCCGAAUUGGGUGCAAAGCGGGGUCUCGUUAUUACUUAAGUCCAAACCCAAAUCCCAAUCUUCUUAUAGGAGCAGUGGUCGGUGGGCCCAAUAUGACUGACCAUUUCCCAGACUCAAGAACUUUCUAUGACGAGUCGGAGCCCACUACAUACACAAAUGCACCAUUGGUGGGCCUACUAGCUUACUUUUCGUCUCACCCUUGAUUUCUUUCACUUGUGGAGUGCAAAGACCCAAUGUAGCGGUGUGCAAAGGCCACCCUCUCUCUAUAAGAAAAUUUUACUGUGGAUCAUGGUUUA